AAUAAUGCACUGCAUUUACCUCAUUUACUGCAUUUACCGGAGAUUUUUGAAAACUAAGCAAAAAGUAACCCAAACAAGUAUUACUUAAUUCUCGGGACUUCAUUCCUUUCGUAUUAAGUAUAUUUAAUAGAUUCGUUUUCAAAUGUCACACGAUUCAUCUUUCAGAGCCUUGGUUCAGAGCUGUGCAAGCUAUGGUGACUAUUGGCUUGAUAUUAAUGGUAUUCGCCCUGAUAGCAGUCCUCGUCUACAUGUGUGUCCUUCACUUCAAGAAUAUAACUCUUAUAGCCAUGGCCGCCUUGACGUUCGGAGGAGCCGUAUUCUUGAUGAUAGGACUAAUAGUGUACGCAGCACGGGCACCGAACGUACAUUGGUCGUUCGUUCUCACUGUGAUUGGAAACAUAUUAUGCUUUGCCUCGGGGAUCCUAUGUGCGCUCCAGAUUAGAAAAUCAAGACAACCUUAAGAAAUGACGACAUGAGGAGAGAGUACUAAGUCACAAUAAGGAUGCCGACUCAUUGCAUGCUCCAUAAGGGAAUAAGGACAUUAUUUGGAAUUUAUACGCUCUACGCACUAUGUAUUAUGUAAACUGUUCUAAAUCCCCA